UCAAGAGGGCAAAGUGAACGGCAUGGAACUCACACCAAUUUUAACGGGUCCGACUUCUGCGUCUGAGCGAUUUUCAAGCAAUAACUGCACAUGCAGAUGAUACGGCAGAGAAAAUGGGUAAGAGGUCUGUAGGUAAAUCUUGAACGUUAAGGUUGGUUGAUUUGCCCGACCCUCAGCCAAACUUGCAACAAAACAUGACAAGCCUGUCGCGGUUUAGUGGCUACCCUCUUUCUUGCGUCAACCCUGGGGAGAGCAAUACUGAACCCAGCGUGGUGCUGCCACCUUUGGCAGAGGAGCACACGGGGCACCCCACGGGCAGUUCCUUUAAACUCUGCCCCUCGCAAAAUUUUCGAGACUACCACGAGACGAGGGCCAGUGCAUAUGUUGACCACUCGGUUACCCAUUUUCCAGACCCUGGAUACACCAGUCACCGCUUAGAACACAGUCCUAGGGGCAUUAUCAUUGGGACAAAUCUGUCAGGAUCAGGCAUGGCACCAGUUACUGAUCAGCUGGCUUCGAGACCCAACCAACAUGGCACUAUUGGAAGGUACCGUGACCUCCACGGCUAUAGGGAUGGUAGGAGCCACGCGUUCUUCACCAGCUAUCAAGAGCAGGCCCAUGGCUCUACAGACGCAACUCGAGAUCUCAGCGGCCAAAUGAUGUUGGGUCUUCCAGGAGAUAUUCUCUCACGAACGCACCCAUACGGGCAGUCGCUCAAUUGCCCCAGGGCCAACAGUCAGCAGUUAGUUAACCAGUUUUUGGAGUUCUAUAAGCCUCUGAAUAUGGCCAUGCAGCGAAGCGGGGGUGAUGCCUUUCUCAGGUGCUCCCGGCAGAACGUGAAGCACGAACUUGUCUGCAAGUGGACUGACGGCCAAGAGGGCACGGGCAAACCGCCCUGCGCCAGGAAUUUUGGGACCAUGUAUGAACUUGUCACCCAUGUGACGGUUGAGCAUGUCGGAGGACCCGAGCACUCUGACUACGUUUGCUAUUGGGAGAAUUGCCCAAGGGACAGCAAGCCGUUCAAAGCCAAAUACAAGCUCGUCAACCACGUCAGGGUCCACACAGGAGAAAAACCCUUUCCCUGUCCUUUUCAUGGAUGUGAAAAAGUUUUCGCCAGAUCCGAAAACCUCAAGAUACACAAGAGAACGCAUACAGGUGAGAAACCGUUUAAAUGUGAAUUUGAGGGCUGCAAUCGGAGAUUUGCAAACAGCAGUGACCGGAAGAAGCAUUCUCACGUUCACUCCAGCGAUAAACCCUACACGUGCAAGGUCAGAGGCUGCGAAAAAUGUUACACGCAUCCCAGCUCCCUGCGCAAACACAUGAAACUGCAUUGCAAGGCCUACAUUGCCAAAAUCGGGGAAGAAGAUGAGCACCUUGUAGAGGCCAGGUCUCCUGAGGUGGCAGAACAACAAGACACGACUGUCUCUAACGCAGUGACGCGAACGAUGACUGCCCCAUCCCAAGAGACUCUGUCCCCUGAGACACGACCCGAGUCAACUAUGAGGUCCCGUUUCCAUCACACGUUUGAAAACAGUCUGGACUACCCGGCACAUAGGCCGCAGUCAAUUUUGGACCCUCUGUUGCUACAACGGGGCACUUUUAGACCUGAGUCUGUACAAUACCAAUGUAAUCAACCAAGCCACACGUUUGCACCCACCCAUAGGACGUUUGCGUCCAACUCACCUUUCCAAAAAAGUAUUGUAAAUGGCUGGUAUACAUGCCACAGCGCAGUGGACACCUUUUCACCCAAACACUGUAACAAUGAUUUAUAAAGCUUAUAACUCAAAGCAAAGCGAGUGAAUUCGGGGUAUUAAGGCACGACUGGAUGCAAGAGAUGGAAAGUUUUCCUCAUCAUAUAACGGUGUCCCACAGGUUGACUAUAUAGUGCAAUUUGUCUAAAUCAAAUGUACUUUAUCUGUUGUAGGCAUUCUGUUCCUAUACUGACGAAUUAUAUAUGUGACUAUUCCUAAACUGUAAAUAGCUGCUUACCCUUGGACCGCAGUGAGCCAAAUAUUGAUACAAAUAUAUGAUCUCCAAAAUAGGCUAUGACAUUAAACGUUAUUCUUUAUCAAAGAUAAAUCACCUACAAACAAAACGAUUGUAGAUACAUUGAAAUGUAUUGGGAAUAAGUUAUUUCUGCAGAGGAUAAAAAAAUGGCGCAUUAUUUCGAGUUUCUGUAGUAGAGCGUGGACUUCUGUGACGUUUAUUAGAAAGAACCUUGAAGUGUUUGAAAGAUGAUUAAUAAGCUGCAUUUUUUUUGUAAAGAAACAUGAGACCUUUGAGUGGUUUCUUUUAAUCAUAUUUUUCUGUCACGCAAUAGAUAUAGACCGAAUAGUUCCAGGCUUAAGAACAUCGUUUGAAUUGAUGUAUUUGAAUGUAUGUGUAAGUCAACCCAUCAGUGCUUAAAGCUUUUACUUUUUAUUGCGAGAUGAUGAUAUGUUAUGUUUUUUCACACUUUGGGAAAUCGCUCUUCGUUUAAUGAGUGUAUUUUAUACGUGAUGAGACUUAUGUAGCAAUUAUUCAGCUUACUAUUCCAGAUUUGAGUCCCCAUCACGAUAAUUAAAUUGUUUAAUUGAAAUUGUACCGUAUAUACUGUACAAUUCAUUAUGCAUUCAAAGUUUCAUUAAAGUGUCUUUAUUCUCUUUGAUCAGACGUGUGUGAUUUAAGAAAACGUGCGGGAGUCUCAUAUAAAGCUUUUGAAAUGUAUCUCUUUAUCUAUGGAUAUUUAUUCUGUUGG